UUGGUGAGUUGUCCUAUUAUUUAAUCCUUAACUGGUGAAAAAUAUGAGCUCUUUUUUAGUUUUUAUACUCGAUAAAAUAAAAGUCCAUUUAGUAAAUCAAAAGCAAGAUGUCUAUUAAACGGCUCUUCAAACAGAGCAAACUCGUAAAUAAGCAUAUGCUACUCAUGAAGCGCAGGGAGCCCUAUAAACCAAUCAUGAAGGAUCGUCAAAUGAUUGAAAAUCGCGCUAGGCUCGAGGACUUUGAGCAGAAAAAUGCAGAAGGUAUGAUGUUCGUACCGGAUUCUGCCCUCCCGCCCUGGCAACGAUCAAUUCUUUCGAAUCUCAAGCGAAUUCAGACAACGCAGAACUUCAGGGGUUUGCGCGUGCGAGUAGUGGAUAAACAAGACGAACCUGGAUUUCCUACAAACUUUAGGUAG